AUGGAUAAAUUAAUAUGGGAUAAUAAUAAUCUAAAAACAUCUGACAUUAAGAGCGCAAGUAAAAUAUUCAAUGAAUUAAAGCCAUUUUGCAUAGCUCUUUCCAAAAUAUCUUUUCUUCCACAAGAAAGUUUUGAUCCAAAUUCAUCACAAUUAUUACAAGCGUUAAAGAAUUUAAGUUUCAAAUUGGACUCAUAUCAAACAACCAAUGAUGAUGGCACUACAUUCCAAUUUACAGAACAAUUAACAAACUAUGUUUAUGUUCCAAUAUCUCAUAUUUUGAGAAAAGAUUCAUUGGGAGUGGAACAAACAGAAUAUCUUUUAAAUAUUCUAUCCAGCUUAUUGAGAUUAUCAUGGUCUGAACCUUAUUCGUUUCCUAUAUCUUUGGCAAUGAUAUUAUUUCCUUUAAUUCCAUUUCUAAUUAGUUCUGAUAAAGAAAAUAAAACUUUAAAGACAAAAGCAAGUAAUGAAUUUAAAUUAGCUUCUGCUAAUGCAUUAAACCGUUUAUUCAAUUCCUUAGAGAAACAAGAUUAUUGUUUUAAGUUUUUCCAAGGCAAAAUGCUAUCUUCAAUGAGCCAUUCUAUUACAAUUUUAUUAGACAUUAUAACUUUUACUCCAACUGAUCCUCAACCUCAAUUAAUAGCCUUAAAUGCUCUCAAAACAUUAUAUUCAAAGAUUAUACUAGAUGGAGAAUUAUUGUCUUACAUCUUACCUGGCAAUGUUUCUGCAUUAUCAAAAUUAUUUUGUAAACCUGGCUUAGUUAUAAAUUAUAAAGUCAUUUGUAAAGGACUAGAUAUUCUACAAACACUUUUGGUGAAAGUUUAUAAAGAUUCAGACUUAUCGGUAGAGGAACAUACAUAUUCGAACGUAAAGGAUUUAAUUAACUCAAAAUCUACAAGUAGCUUGAUUGAAAUUAAAAACUCAAAUAGACCACAUAGAAAUACUAGUUGGUUAAAUGGUACCUCUUCUCAAAUUAAACUGGCAUUUGAAAGCUUUCUACCGAAACUUUUGAAAAGAAAUAAUACUGAAAUAAAUUAUACUUUAAAUUAUAUUGUAAGCCAACUAAUACGUGAUUGUUGGAUUUCCUUAAGUAAUUGUCGUUUGUUAUUUAUUGAAACGAUUUUAAAUUUAAGAAAUGAUCCACUUCAUAUAUUGUCUGAACAUCCAGAUGAAGUAAUUAAAGUUAUUAAGUCUAAUGUUUUAAAAUUCGAUAAUUCUAUUCAAUUUAAUGAUAUAAAUUUAUUAGAUACAACUUCAUUUGCAAUUAAGAGUUUAAAUAAUACUAAACUGUCAGAAAAUCAUUAUGAUACAAUUAUUCAGCAACAACAGUCAAUGAUUCACAAGAUAUCGUAUGACGUUGAAAUUAAUAAUAAUCGAUGGGAACUUAAAACUUCUAACAAUAUUAAAGAACAGAGUAGCAUGGUAAUAGUAAAUGAUUUUUUUUCAUCUAAGGAUUUAAUAGAUUUUAAAUACAUCAACAUAAUACCUUCUUUAUCCAAAGAUCUAGAAGUAUCAAUCUCACAAUUAGUUGAAAAUAUAAGUGUAACAUUCCAGUUAGAAAAAUCUUCUUCAAAUUUGGAUUCAUUUAUAUCACAAUUUUUAUCUGAACAAGAAAAUUCUUCAAUUUCCAAAAAAUCAACUACUCUUUGGAUUGCAUUACAUCUUUUAUUUGGCUUUUCAAAGUCCUCGCAUAUUCUUAAAAAUAAUUUAGAUGAAGAUACACUAAUGGAAGAUUGCUUGAUUUUUGAAGAGAAUAAUCACGAUCUCUCAAACGAGAAUCAAGAAAAGAUAAUGUAUUCAUGUACAAACGUAUUACAAUAUUGUUUACAAUUAUUUGAUGAAAUUAGUAUUAAAUCUGAAUCUAAUUCAAAUUUAUUGACAAAAGAAAAUGAAUCUGCUCUUUGUAUACUAAUUUAUUCAAUUCAACAGAUAUCAUCCAUAAUGAAAGAUGAGUUCUAUGAUGAAUUAAUCGAUUACUUCUAUAUUGUUAUUGAAAACUUGGCUUCAUCAUCAUCAAAAGUUAGAUCCUUUGCACAAUCUUGCUCAAUAACCAUUGCAAAUCAGUUAUACAAUGGCUCAAUUAAUGAUAUGAUCAAUAACAAUGUUGAUUAUCUAAUUGAAUCAAUCUCACAAAGAUAUACAAUGGGAUUCACCAAUAAAAUUACUACAGUAUUAAUGGUUAUAUGUAAGAUGACCAACUACAGCAUUAUUGAGAAAUUUAAGGAUCUUUUAGAUUUAGUAUUCAAAACUAUUGACUAUUAUCAUGGCUAUUCGGAUAUCUGUUUAGAAUUUAUUAAACUUUUUGAAAUAAUUACCUUUAAAAUGAAGGAUCAAUUUUUGCCUAAAUUUAAUAAUGAAAUUUCCAUAACAAGCGGCAUAAAUUCCUUUGGGUCGUGGGGCUUACAAAACAUCGAUCAAGUAAUAAAUAACUUAGAUACAGAAGCAUCUGUGGAUCCAAUCAGUGAGAUGUCUGAUUCUGAAUUAACGAAUAAGGCUAAAAAUUUCCAAGAAUAUUUUGAUUCCAAGAUAAGAGAAGUAGAUAGUGACGAUGAGGAUGAUGAACCUGAUGAUGCUAUCAUUACAACUGAUAUAAAUGGAAUCUCUGAAGAAGUUGACGGGAAUAAUUCAUCGUUUGGCAAAAAGAAUGAUGAUGAGGACAAGUGGGUAUCACCAAUUCCAGCGGAAUCGUAUAAAAUUCUACUACAUUUCUUAGGUUAUAGCGAUCGUUUGCUAAUGCAUCCAUCAAAACCGCUGAAGGUUCAAGUACUAAGGUUGAUUAAUUUAAUUAUACCGUUGCUAUCCACACAGUAUAACUCAUUCUUGCCCCAAGUAGCCCUAAUAUGGGAUAACAUUGUUCUUUGUUCCUUGGGUAAUGAUUAUGCUAUCGUGAAACCAGCCUGCGAUUGCCUAUAUGAAAUUAUUCAUUACAGUGGUGACUUUAUAUCCAAACGAUUUAUUGACCUAUGGAAUAAAAUGGAAUCUGAUUCAAUAUUAUUACGUGAAAUCAGACCUAACUUGCAAGGCAGCGGAAAUUUACAAAUAAAAGAAAAGAAAAUUACCCUACAUCAUAAAUUCCCGACAGUAACCCAGAAUGCGUUAAAGGCUUUAUCGAAUAUGUUACUUGAAGGUGUCCAAAUAACUGGCUUGUUAUUAGCUGAAACUACAGUAACACAAAUGAUAUAUUGCUGUGUUCACGUUAUUCCCGCUGCCACUCUUGCCAAUAAAUCGUUAUUAAUCGGGGAUAUUGUUUACUCUUUAACUGGUAAUGGUAAACUCUGA